ACAUUUUAUGACACACACUCUUCUUCCUGUCACAUGUGUUUCUCUUUCAGAUGGUUGGAUCGUAAUGAGGACGAUGGGCAGAUCGUGAGAGAGUUAGUUCCCACAGACGACGGUCAGCGUUUGUUCACUGUUAGUUAUCACAUUGCUAUAAAGACGGGCAGUAUAAACGGCGCCAGCUCGGAUUCGAAGGUGUUUGUGAAGCUGUAUGGAGAGAAAGGCGACACCAACAAGAUGCUUCUGGUCGUCUCCGAUAACGACCUGGGAAACUAUUUCGAGACCGGACAGACAGACAUCUUCACCAUAGAAACAUUUGACAUCGGCAAGAUAAACAGGCUGCUGAUUGGUCACACUAAUGAAGGCCUGCGAGCCGGCUGGUUCCUGGACAGUCUUCAAAUCUGGAUACCGGUGCACGGGGUUCAAUACAUGUUCCCCAGUCAUCGCUGGCUCUGUAAGGACGAGGCUGACGGGAAGGUGGAGGUGGAAAUCUAUCCCAGCGAGACACUAGAGAUUGAGAAAUUGAUCAAUUACGAGGUUACCGUGGUGACGGGGGACGUCUGGGCCGCGGGGACAAACGCCAAUGUCUUCCUCCAGAUAUACGGCGAAGAGGGUAAAACCGAAUUAAUUCGGCUUAAAAGCCGAUCCAACAACUUUGAGAGAGGAACCACUGAGAUCUUCAAGAUCGAGGGUCUAGAUGUAGGACGUGUCUAUAAGAUCCGGAUCGGGCACGACGGAUCUGGAGUCGGACCAGGAUGGUUCCUGGAGAAAGUGGACGUGAAGCGGUUGGUCAUGGCAAUGUUGAAACCAGAGAAGAAGGAGGACGACAAGAAAGACAAGAAGAAGAAAAAAAGGAAAAAGGAGGAGGAGGAGUCUCCGGGUGAACUGAAGGAGGUCGUUCAAUCUUACAGCUUCCCGUGUGGCCGAUGGCUCGCUCGUGGUGAGGAGGAUGGUGAGAUACUCGUUGAGCUGCGUGCCGAGGACUACGAAGAUUUGGAAGAGAACACGUACGAGGUCCAUGUGUUCACCGGCACUACGCUCGGGGCCGGAACAGAUGCUGGGGUCUACAUGAACAUAUAUGGAGAAAUGGGCGACACGGGUGAAAGAAAACUACGCAAGUCAAACCACCUGAACAAGUUUGAGCGUGGACAGGAGGAUUUGUUCACAAUCACUGGGAUGGAUCUGGGACUGUUGAAGAAACUGAGGAUUCGUCAUGACAACAAGCAGGCGAAUGCUGCCUGGUACCUCGACCGCGUCGAGAUCUUUGAUGUCAAAGAGGAAACCAUGUAUUUUUUCCCCUGUCAGCGUUGGCUGGCCGUGGAUGAAGAUGACGGACAGCUGGGCCGUGAGUUAGUGCCUGUAGACGAGGCCUUCAUGAAGAGAGAUGAAGACGAUGAAGACGAGUCAUCGCCCGCUCAGCUCGGACUAGAGCAAAAAGCCAUGUCAACCACGUUUACACUGAGGGUGAAAACAGGAGAGAAGCAGUAUGCUGGUACGGAUGCAAAUGUUUUCGCGGUUUUUUACGGGACCAAAGAUGAUACAGGCAUCAUCAAUCUAAAGGCAUCAAAGAACAGAAGGAAUAAAUUUGAGGUGGGAGUGAUCGAUGAGUUCACGAUAGAGGCUGUGGACAUCGGCAAACUCAAGAGAAUCCGGAUUGGACACGACAAUUCAGGUGGUUCUCCGGGUUGGUUUCUGGACUGGGUGGAGAUCAACGCUCCGUCUCUCGGGCAGCUCUUGCGCUUUCCCUGCGGCCGUUGGUUGGAUGAAGGAGAGGAUGAUGGUGCCAUUGUCAGAGACCUGUCCCCUAAUGAACUACAGACACAACUAUACACACCCUUUGUUCCCUAUGAGAUCAAAUUCUUCACCAGCGAUAUAUUUGUGGCGGGCACAGACGCAGACGUCUUCAUCGUGCUGUACGGUCAGAACGGUGUGUGUACAUCUCAGAAGUCUCUCUGUGUCACUAAGAGAGAGAGGGGAAUGUACUUUGAGAGAGGGGCAGAGGACAUGUUCAUCGUAGAGUUGGAGGAUAUCGGUGAUAUCGUUGAGAAAAUCCGUAUCGGUCAUGACAACCGUGGAGUGAAUCCUGGAUGGCAUUUGGACCGGGUGGAAAUCCGCAGGCUGCUCCGGAAAGGAAAGGGUUCUGAGACGGUCAUUUUCCCGUGUGAGGGCUGGCUGGCUCGAUCGGAGGAGGACGGUGAGACGAUUCGAGAGCUGGUGCCUUCUGACAUCAUCGUCCAGAAACUAUCACGAGACGGGACACUGAAAGUCAUCGAGACAGAGGUGGACGACGCACUGGAGAUUCACACGUAUACAGUGGCAGUAACCACAGGGGACGUGUGUGGAGCGGGAACUGAUGCCAAUGUCUUCAUCACCCUGUAUGGAGACAUGGGCGACACCGGAGAACGCAAACUCAGCAAAUCAGAGAACAGCAACAAGUUUGAGAGAGGAUUGGUGGACACGUUUACUCUGGAGGCUGUGGAUCUGGGCCAGGUGUUCAAGAUCCGUAUUCGUCAUGACAACAGCAUGCUCAGUGCUGAUUGGUACCUGGAGCAGGUGGAAGUGCUGGACCAGGACACAGAGGAGGUGUUUCUGUUCUUGUGUGAGCGAUGGCUCUCUCGCAAGCGUGAGGACAGACGGAUCGACAGGGUCUUCUACGUUAAGGAUUUUGAGGAAGAGCGAGAAACUGCUUUCUGUCCCAUUAAAAACGUGACGAAUCUGGACAGCAACAUGAACAAGAAAAACAAGAAACAACAUUCAGAGGAGGAUGAAGAGGAGGAGGAGCAGUCACUGAUUCCGUACCACUUCAUGGUCACAACGGGUGUGGAACGGGACGCCGGGACGUCUAGCCGUGUGUAUGUCAUCAUCAUCGGGAAGAAAAGCAGGAGGACGGAUCGCCUCUGGCUGGACUUUGAUGGGAAGAGCGGAUUCCAGCCGGGAUCUUUGGAUUACUUCACUUGUUAUGGAGCUGAUGUUGGAGAGAUCAAGAAAGUGCAACUGGGUCACGAUGGAGCGACUCCAGAGAGCUGCUGGCUGGUGGAAGAACUAUCUGUGGAGGUCCCGACUAAAGCCGUGCGCUUUGUGUUCCGCUGUAAGAACUGGCUGGCCAAAGACAGAGGAGAUGGACUCACCGCACGCAUGCUGAACGUCCAGGAUGCAGAAAUAAUAAACAUCUCACUGAAGGUCAUCUAUGAGGUGACCGUCCUCACAGGAGACGUCCUGCACGCUGGUACCGACACACAGAUUUAUGUCACUGUGUUUGGAAUCUACGGCACAUCGGAGGAGAUGGUGCUGCCAAAAUUAGAGGACAGGUUUGAGCGAGGGCAGAAAGACACUUUUAAUCUGGAGAUCGAGGACAUCGCUCCUCUUAGGAAAAUGAGAGUUCGUAUAGACGGUUCCGGGAGCCGACCGGACUGGUUUUUAGAUAAGAUUGAACUUCAUAACCUGCAGACGGACGAGGUGGCGUUGUUUGUGUACGAGGAAUGGCUGUCUCACUCGUACGGGCCCAAGCGAACGCUCCUAUGUGAGAUGCCGGCCAUUAUAAACGAUGAAGAAAUGGUUGAGCUCACCAUCUACACUGUGUCUGUGAAGACCAGCGAUGCCACCGCGGCGGGAACUGAUGCUAAUGUGUGGAUGAUUAUUUUCGGCGAAAACGGUGACACCGGAACGCUCGCUCUGAAAGAAAGCUCAAACACAAACAAGUUUGAGCGCAAACAGACCGACACUUUCCGCUUUCCUGAUAUCCUGGGCUUGGGCGAGCUCUCGAAAGUACGCAUUUGGCACGACAACUCGGGACCGGCUCCUGGUUGGCAUCUGGAGUAUGUGGAAGUGCAUGAUGACAUUUUGGGAAAGAAGUUUCGUUUCCAGUGUGACCGCUGGCUUGCCAAGAAUGAGGACGAUGGGCAGAUAAUGAGAGAGCUGGCAUGUGCCAACAAUGACGCGGUGGAUUUCGAUGAUAAAACAAAAUAUGAGAUUCUGGUAACCACAGCGGAUACAGAUGACGCAGAAACCAAAGAGAAUGCCUGGAUUGUUCUGGAAGGGAAAAAAGGACGUUCAAAAGAGUUUGUGUUGGAGAACGUGACAAAGAAAAAGCGUUUUCUGCGCGGCUCUACAGACCGAUACGAGUUCUCCUCCAAGGAGCUGGGUGACAUCGCCAGUAUUUGUCUGGGACACAUCCCUAAAGAUGGAAAGAAGGUCAAAUCGGAGGCCUUCUGGACUGUGGAUGAGGUCGUGGUCAUAGAAAAGGAGCUGGGCAACAAGUAUAUCUUUCACUGCGACGCCGCCAUUCCUCUGUCCUCCAAACGAGACGAGUUCCAGACCUUCGAGUGCACCAAAUUCAUCGAGAGUUUUACCAGCAAGGCUCAGAGCCUCGUGCCCGUGAAAUACGAGAUCAUUGUCAUCACGGGUGAUGAGAAAGGCGCGGGCACCGACGCCAACGUCUUCGUCACCAUCUUUGGCUCCAACGGCGACUCCGGUCGGAGGCAGCUCUGCCAGAAGUUCCGCAACCUGUUCGAGCGCAGGAAGACCAACCGGUUUAUUCUGGAACUGCUGGACAUGGGCGAUCUGCUCCGAGUGCGCGUGGAGCACGAUAACUCUGGACUCAGCCCCGGCUGGCUCCUGAGCAGGAUUGAGAUCACAAACACGGCCAACGGAGUGACGACCGUCUUUUUGUGCGGGAAAUGGCUGGACAAGAAAAAGUCUGAUGGGAGAACAAAGCGUGUCAUCUAUCCAAAGUAUUGAUGUUGAAUCGGACAAUCGUUUCAUGUUGCGCAACAUGUUUAAUAUAUGUUAUGUGUAUGAUGCAUGUUGUUUUUUUGGAUGCUAGCAACAACCAAAGGUGAUGCGUUCGACUUUCUCAACAUUGAUCCAACCAUAGAGAUGUAUACAUAGAUGUCCAACAUGACAACUCAAGCAUGUUUCUAAAUUCCAUUUGGUGCCACGGGCGAGAUGACACACUUCACCUCCAAAUAUUGAAAUAGCAUGAAUAGGGAUUAAGAGAGGACAUGAUGUCAUAUUGAUGUGUGGUUUGAACGGGAACCAAUGACGGUCUUCGUAAACGCAGCUGCUUUUCUCUUGUCGUCUCAGGAACAAUGUGACUCAUGCUAGAACUGACUUACACAGUCCAUUUCUUUCUAAAAGUCAUGAAUCACAUUUCUCAAAUGUUGCAGAAUUGUUUUAAAUGAUCCCACUAUAACAGUCAGAAGAACUUCUGUAAAUGUAUUUAUGUCAAAGUUUCUGAGCUCUCAGGGUGCCACCGCAGACGUGCCUCAA